UAAAAAAGACAAAGGCAGCUGACUCACUCUUGCACUGACAUUGCAACUGCUACAAGAGCUCCCUAGUUUUCUUCAUUUCUUCAAUGAGUUCAUCAGACAAAAGCAAACAAUACACAAAAUGAUCGGCAAUCACCUCUUUCGUUUGGCUCUCAGAACCCAGUUAAGUUCGCAUGUAAAGCAUGUUGCUGCCUCUAGAAGUUUGCAGAAGCAUUUCCCUCAGCCUCAGGUUGGCUUACUCGGACUAAAUAGUUCAGGGUCAUAUUCUACAGCUGCUGCCGAACAAAGUAAAGGGUACAAAGGGCAUGAUAUGCUUGCACCUUUCACUGCUGGUUGGCAGACUACCGAUUUGCAACCUAUUGUUAUUGAAAAGUCUGAGGGUUGCUAUGUUUACGAUACCAAUGGGAAGAAAUAUCUUGAUGCUCUUGCUGGUCUUUGGAGCAAUCCGUUAGGAGGAAAUGAACCAAGGCUCGUUGCUGCUGCAACUGAACAGAUGAAUACUUUGCCAUUUUACCACUCCUUCUGGAAUCGCACUACAAAGCCUUCUUUGGAUCUAGCAAAGGAACUUCUAGAAAUGUUUACGGCUAGAAAAAUGGCUAAAGUUUUCUUUACAAAUAGUGGGUCAGAUGCCAAUGAUACUCAGGUGAAACUCGUUUGGUACUACAAUAAUGCACUAGGAAGGCCAAACAAAAAGAAGUUUAUAGCUCGAGCAAAAUCAUAUCAUGGUUCUACUCUUAUAGCAGCUAGUCUAUCUGGCCUUCCAGCUUUACAUCAAUCAUUUGAUCUUCCAGCUCCAUUUGUACUGCACACGGACUGCCCUCACUACUGGCGCUUUCAUCUUCCAGGUGAGACUGAGGAGCAGUUUGCAACUAGAUUGGCCAAUAAUUUGGAGAGUCUUAUCCUCAAAGAGGGACCGGACACGAUAGCUGCAUUUAUUGCUGAACCUGUCAUGGGAGCAGGAGGAGUGAUACUUCCUCCUAAGACUUAUUUCGAAAAGAUUCAAGCAGUUCUAAAGAAAUAUGACAUUCUUUUCGUUGCAGAUGAGGUUAUCUGUGGGUUUGGGAGACUUGGAACCAUGUUUGGAUGUGAUAAAUACAACAUUAAACCAGACCUUGUAACUGUGGCAAAGGCACUUUCUUCAGCAUAUUUGCCUAUCGCAGCUGUUAUUGUAAGCUCUGAAGUUUCAGAAGUCAUACACUCCCAAAGCAACAAGCUUGGUUCUUUCUCUCAUGGAUUUACUUAUUCAGGGCACCCAGUUCCAUGUGCAGUUGCAAUUGAAACACUUAAGAUUUAUAAGGAGAGAAAUAUUCUUGAGCAAAUAAAUAGCAUUGCGCCAAGGUUUCAAGAUGGUCUAAAAGAUUUCUCUAACAGUCCAAUUGUUGGAGAGAUUCGGGGAACUGGUUUGGUGCUCGGUGCAGAAUUCACAGACAAUAAAUCGCCCAACAAUCCAUUCCCUCCUGAAUGGGAGAUAGGUGCAUAUUUUGGAGCUCAAUGUGUUAAGCAUGGGAUGUUUGUACGUGUAACCGGGGACAACAUCUCCUUGGCUCCACCUUUUAUCUUAUCUGAUGAAGAAGUUGACAAGAUGAUAAGCUUAUUUGGACAAGCACUAAAGGAUACUGAAGAGAGGGUCAACUAUCUCAAGUCUCAGCAGAAGUAACUGUAAAGUGCAGUGGCUGAUAUUGGAGUAUAUUGGUCAAAAUGUAAAUCAUGAGAGACUUCGCCAUGAAACACUUUGUAAAACAAAAUAUUGGUGUCAAAAUAAACUAUUUUCUUUUA